CGUUGCCGACAGCUGUUCAAUUCGUUUGCCUCCAUUUUCUACUCUGUUUGAAAAAGGAAGCGCUCUUUUCGUUAAGGUGCUUUUCCAUUACGCUUGUUCGUUUUGUGUGUCUGUACCGUUCACUUGUGUAUUAAUGUGUCUCUUCAAGUGAUUUCCAUCUCAAUCUUCGAGAUUGCGUGCAUUUUUAUUCAUAUUCGUAUGAUAAAAGUAUCUUCAUACUUAUAAUGUGCUGCUAAGACGCGUCCUGAUGCCAAGCGCUCCGUGGCGAAUGCAAUCAAGCUGGAAGUAGCGCUUUUCGCUAUUGUUUCGAUAGUCUCGAAUUCGGCUUUCCUCAUUUUUUGGACAAGGACAAGAUAUGCGCAGUUUUACUGUCAAUAAUAUUCAUUAACUCGUAAGCCACACAUUUCAAAGUGCGUAAAAAUUGUCCGAGAUACACUCACGCACACAUACACAAGUACGUAAAACAAAGCCUUUCCUGCGCUCUUAACGAAGCAGCCCCCGACGCGCACGCUUGUCACACUUAUAAACCAUUGCUUACAAAAGCAAGGAGGCCGAAAGCUUGCCGAUUGCCAGCGAGGACGCUAUACGAAAUUGUGUGAGAAAUGGCGACUUUCCGCGUUCGUGAAGAUAUGGAAAAGGAAAACCGGGUUCUUCCCCCAGCAGGAAAAAAUAAACACGCCGUCAUUGAUGCUACGAAAGUUCUGGCACCCUUUGGAAAAAAUGUGCUUUUACCCUCCAUGGGCAAUCAGCAACAGCAACCACAAAGCGUGAUGUGUAGCGUUCUUAGUGAUGUGCAAACUAACAUCGUAACGAAUGUAGAAAAGACGGUCAAAGAUACCAAAAUAAAGUAUCAACGUGCCGUCGGAGUCAAACCGUUGCCAAAACCGGGGAAACUUGGAGAUGAAAAUGCCGUCGAUGCAAAGCAGACCUUGCAAGCUAAGAUUAUUACAAAAUCAACUAUAUUAACUGAACCGUUUAAGGGUUUCGAGAUAUAUGACGAAUCGAAGGAAAAUUUGACCGAAAUGUGUGUUCCCAAGAAAGUAGAUACGAUCCACGAGAAACGCGCUCCUUUGCAGGAAUUGAAGCAUGCGGAACUGCUCGUAACUCCCAUGUCGGUGGCAGAAAACUAUUCCCCAAUGUCCAUAGACAAAUCGGCAAGCAUGAUCAUUGUCGAUGGACCCAUUCCAAGGAAUGAUCGUGAGCGUUUCUUCGAGGUAGAAGAAUACCAAGAAGAUAUCCUAGUUUACCUCAAAGAGGCAGAAAAGAGAAAUCGCCCAAAGCCGGGGUACAUGCUGAAACAGACGGACAUAACUCACUCCAUGCGUACGAUUCUCGUCGAUUGGUUGGUGGAAGUUUCAGACGAGUACAAACUCCAGGGAGAAACACUCGCCCUGGCUGUCUCGUACAUCGAUCGGUUUCUUAGCUUCAUGUCGGUAGUGCGUGCCAAACUGCAGCUGGUCGGGACAGCUGCUAUGCUUAUUGCAGCCAAAUACGAGGAAAUAUAUCCACCGGAUGUUAGCGAGUUUGUUUACAUCACAGACGACACUUAUACCAAGACACAAGUAUUGCGCAUGGAGCAACUGAUUCUGAAGGUUUUAUCGUUCGAUUUGACCGUGCCAACAGCAUUGGUGUUCAUCAAUACUUACUGCGUGAUGAAUGACGUCCCGGACAAGGUUAAAUACUUGGCUAUGUAUCUCUGCGAAUUAGCACUGCUGGAAGCGGAUCCUUACCUGACCUAUAUGCCAUCAAAAAUUGCUGCUGGAGCGUUGGCAUUAGCAAGACGCGCUCUCGAUCUUCCGAUGUGGUGCAAGAUGUUAGAGCGCAACACUGGGUACAAAGUGGAGGAAUUAAAAGAUAUUAUAUUGGACUUAAACAAGACACAUGUCGAUGCGAUGACGAUGCAACAACAAGCAAUUCAGGAAAAGUAUAAAUCCAAAAAAUUCCUCGAGGUCUCAAACUUGGCUGUUGCUGAACUUUCUAAAACUGCACUCGACCAAAUGUGUGAGGUGCUAUGUAACUCUUCUGCAUAAACCCGGCUACAAGCACAUACUGGCAGCGACUUGACAAAGGGUAUGGAAAGCGCAGAUCAGCCCGACAUGUUGUUUUUUUUUUGUUUAACGCCAUCAGUAUCCCAAGCGGCUUUUUUUGUUCGGUUAGUGAUAAUGUUUCAUUUUUAUGUAUUUAUAUUUGAGUUGAAGUCCACGAUUAGAUAGACUAAUGUUCUGAAUAUAUUUGGUAUGCCUUUCAUGUAUUUUUUCGAUCUGUCUGUUAAGUAAAGCUUUACGCUUUUCACUUGUAGUUCUCUGUAAGAAAUGUGUAGUACUGUUUACGAAUUUGUAUAGUUGCUACAAUUCUUUUUGUUAACAUCGUUUGACAAAUUUGAAUAAUAAUCGUUUUGGAGUUGAUUCCUUUGGUCAUAAAUGUUUUGUCCUGACAUAGUCAUGCUGCAGUAGAGUAGCUACACAGUUAUGAAAAUGAUUCGGCACAUUGUGACACAACUAUCGCGACAUCUGAGAAUCACUUUCCACCAUUUCUAGCUAAGGCGUGUGAGAACUUUGUAAACAUUUUUAUGACAAUAAAACUAAAUAAGGCCUGCAGAUGGGAUCCGAGUGGCAAACAAAUAUAACGCUAAGUCUUGCACAAUAGCGCAAACUAUUACGAGGGACCACGGUUAACAAAAGACGAUAUCUGCACGACAUAUUUAUAAGUUGCAACGGUUAUAACAUUCUAAAUUAACUAAACAUUUCAUCAUUCUACAUCGAAAUAAAUAGAAGCAGUAAUAAUAAA